AUGGCUUCGGAUGAGACCAUGGCCUUCAUCUCUUCCUUACAAGAAGAGGACUUUUAUGAUGAUGAUGACGAUGUUGAUGAUGAAUUUGAUGAGCAUCAUCUCCAACACCCUCAUCCCCAUAACUUGUCCAGGCUUUCAGUGUGUACCAGCAGCACCUUUGGCGUCGACGACAACGACGAUGACGUUGACAAUCUCGUGUCCAUGUGCGUGUCACGCUUUUCCAUAGAAAGCUUUGACGCAGAUGGGGAGUUAUCAGAUGGGAAGGAGAUAUCCUCCGACUCAGAAAACGAAUUGGGGAGUUGUUACUCUUUGCCCUCCACGCCCCCACAAAGGAGAAAACAGGUUAAGGAUUACGCCAGUGACAGUGGGGGACAUGGAAACGGAACGAAGAAGAAUGAUCCUCGGCAGAGGAAGAGGAGAACGAGGAGGGAGGGAUGGGGGUUUGAGUUUGAGGGAGUGGAGAAGAGUAAGAGAAAAGAGGAGGAACAUGUGGCUCAAGGAUUCAGUGGAGAGAGUGAUCAAAGUGGGGUGAUGCUAAUAACUAGGCCAAAAGGUGGGAAAAGGUCACUUUGCAUGGAUUUGGAAGAAGUAAAAGCUUGUAGAGAUCUUGGGUUUGAGUUGGAACACGAACGCAUGCUUGAGAUCCCUUCUCGUCUCUCUUUCUCCAAUUCCACACUCGAAACUAGCAGUGGUAGCAACUCUCCCAUCGCCAAUUGGCGUAUCUCUGCUCCAGGUGAUGAUCCAAGAGACGUGAAGGCUCGGCUGAAGGUGUGGGCACAGGCGGUGGCACUAGCGUCUGCAUCAAAAUACAGCACAUGA